AUGAUGUCUAUCAGAACCAAGGAUCCGGGACACAAGUACCCAUCUGACUGCGCACCUCUGGUUAUGCGGAAGCCGCUGCAGCUGGGUACUGUGGUGAGCACUGGAGGGGAAGCGUCCCUGCUUGAUUGGCUACCUGUUGAUAGUCGCUUCUAUGAGGUUCCGUGUACUACCCAGAAUAUCUUUAUCCAAUUGUCGGGGGAAUCUCGUUCGCUGUUCUCAACCAGAAUAACGUUUCCGAAGAUUGGAUCACAAAUCGAUUAGCAUGCAUUCCUUCCCACUACACUACUUACCAAUCGUUUUCUGUUCGACAGUAAUCAUCACUUUCAUUGUCUCUUACGCCAUGUCUACCGCAUUGGGUGACGUGUCUGCCCUGUUUCCAUACAUCAGUGACACGGGCGCGCUUGCUCCCGAGAGCUGUGUUUUUGGACAGUUUCUGAAUUUGUGCGCAUUUUUAGGUUGCUUGUCCAUAUACUGCUGGUAUGGCCAUCAGAUGGAUCGACUCGAAAAUCUUGGAAACCCGAGAUCUCACAUCUUACAUGCAUAUGUUAGUCUUGGUUUCGGUUUGGCUGGAGCUGUCGGUUUAUCCAUAGUGGGAAACUUUCAGGAAACUUCUCUUCUUGUAGUGCAUCUGAUUGGUGCGCUUAUGACGUUCGGUUUCGGUACGCUUUACAUCAUUUUGUGCAGUCAUGCUAGCCGGAAGCAUCUGCACUCACCACAGUGGCUGUGGGUUUUGCGUACGAUUUUGGCAUUUAUCUGUUUGGUAUCGCUUGUCGCAAUGUUUUUAUUCGCCAGUCUGUGUGGAGGAAUAAAAAAGCUCCCGCCGGCAAAAUGGGACCCCAAUGAUGAGCGCUACGUCUAUCAUGCGCUAAGUACCACCUUCGAAUGGGUGAUGGCGUUUGCCUUUUUGUGCCACUUCCUCACAAUGACCUACGAGUUGCGGGACUACCAGCUGGAUCCUGUGAAGGUACGGUAUCGAUACGUUCUCCCUGCCUCAGAAGAACAACCUCUAAUCACAUGAAGGACUUUCAUAGAUUUGUACUUCGUAGUCUACUCAUGUUUAACUUGCCCAUCGUCGUUUGCACGGAUGGAUUAUCUCGACCAUUGAUUGAUUGUAUUAACCUUUUGACCUGACGUUUGCCUUCCACAACUAUCAACUAAACUGUUUUCUACAGAUACUUUUUCACAGAUCACGGUUCCACCAAAUUUCGUUUAUUUCCUUGCCCGAAUCACCUAACAAUAGAUACCAGCUGCACGUCAACGUCAGUUUUUAGCCAGUUUUCUGGAUGCUGC